AUGCAGUCCAUUCCAACUCAUCUAGCUCUUUGCCUGCCAGAAAUCGUAUCACAUGUCAUAUCCUUUCUUGACGACCACCAGUCGGAAACUACUUCAAAAUACGCUGGAAGACUAGCCAGUAUGUCUGUCAACCGACUAUGGCACGACUGUACAAUGCGCGCUGUUUGGCGCAAGGUUGAGUUUGACGAUACCAAAGAGGAAGUUAUGGCCCUGCAAAAAUUUGCGUCUGUGUUUAGCAACGAAUACACAGAACAGGACAUAUUCGAUUCUUCCGAUCCUACUACGCAUGACAAAACAAAAGACAGACCAAGGGAAACAGCCCAAAUCAACCAAAUAAUCAAUACCAGCCAUGUCAUCCAUAUUGAUGACCAUGUCUUGAACGACUUAUCCCCCAUCUCUCAUGUACCAAUGUAUCGGACCACUCUUCAAAGUCUGUCCCUGCGCAAGAUCAAAUACAAGACAAUUGAUGUACCACUUGAAAAAAUUGCCCGUCAUGCAACCCAACUCAGCCAUCUGGAUGUCUACAUUUGUGAUUAUUUCACAAACACCGCUCUCUCUGCAUUUCUCUGUCACAGACGACUCACAUAUUUGUCUCUUGCGGGGUGUUACCGGAUUACAGACGAGGCUAUUCUCAAGGUAGCAGAGACCUGUCCUCUUCUGGAACAUCUCGACAUGCGAGCAUGUGGCCUGAUUUCAGAUGUCUCCGUGUCUGCCAUUGCACUUUCUUGUCCUGGCCUUCGACAUUUGAAUGUAGGGCGGAUUCGAGAGCGUCAUCGAAUCACACACAAGUCGAUCAGUUUGAUAGCACGGCACACUCGGGCUGUAGUACUUGGCUUGGCUGGAUGUGAUAUUGACGACGACUGCAUGUUGUUACUUGCCCAGCUCAGAGGCUCUUUACUUGAGCGAGUGUCGGUAAAUAACUGUCCUCGAUUGACUAAUGCGACACUGCACGCAUAUGUACAAUACUGCCCGUCUCUGUCAGUUUUUGAAAUGAAGGAAUGUCACCAGGUUGAUGAUUGGGAGGCAGUAGCCAAGCUUGUUCAGCGCAAAGUACUUUUGACUUUAUGUGAUCAACAAAAUAUGGCCUGCACUGCUUGGGCACGGAGGAGAGGACAUGCCCUGGAAGUCAAGGCACCGAUGAAAUGAUUAUUUUUUUAUUUUAUUUUUUAG